AUGGGUCCCCCAUCUUCCGAGAACAAAGAUUUUGUGGUCAAAGAUCUCCUGCUAUCGAACUCUUCGUCCUGGAAUCUAGCAACUAUUCGGCUUCACUUACCUCAGUAUGAGAAACGUAUUCUAAAGAUAAAGCCUAGCGACUUUCGCAUGGCGGAUGAGCUCUCUUGGCUACCCGUAAAAUCAGGGGUUUACUCUACAAAAUCUGGAUAUGUGAUUGCAAAGUUACACGCUGUGACAGCCCCAGCACCACCCUUCCGCUGGCUUCAAUGUGUUUGGCGAGUCAAAACCUCCCCAAAGCUAAAGACAUUCCUUUGGAAGAUCAAGAACAGAGCCCUGCCAGUCGAAGAAACACUGGCUACGCAGGGAAUCAUAGUCGAUCCUACGUGUAAACGUUGCGGAGCGGCUGAGAAUGAGCUUCACUUUCUCCUCCAAUGUCCGUUUGCAGUGAGAGUGAGGGAUCGUCUUCCAGUAACCCAUAAACCAUCUGCUACAGAUCCAACCACUAUCCCGCAGCUCCUGCAAGAUUGCUGUCGAAUGAUCAACCUGCCUCCCACAGGAAUGGCCUCCACUCCCCUCUAUCCUUGGGUUUUCUGGAAUCUCUGGACGUGUCGGAACCAGCUUCUGUUUGAGGGUAAGGACUACACAUCGAAGGAAGUGGCGGACAAGGCAUGCUCGGAUGCAAAGGCAUGGCAUGUAGCACAAGAAGCCCUCACCCAGCAAAAAAGAGAAGUCAAGCUCACCAAACCCUGCCCCUCUACCAUCUCCCCUGCGUCUCUCACUUGUUUUGUAGAUGCGGCCUGGGAUAAUUCGACUGGUUGUAGUGGGCUGGGGUGGGUCCUAAAAGACAACUCGAACACCACUCUGUUCCAGAACUCUAGAAUUCAACGCUUUGUCAGCUCGGCUCUCGUAGCAGAAGCUCUAGCGCUCAAAGCCGCACUACAGGAUGCAGCGUCGUCAGGUAUCAAGGAGCUGAACUGUCACUCAGACUCCAAAAACCUCAUUUCUCUCAUCAACGGAAAUGGCAACUCCGUCGACCUUCAGGGAAUCCUCCACGACAUUCGCGUCGAAAGUAGCUCUAGCCCUGGCUAA